GCGUCUACCUGCUGCUCUGAAACAGAAUGGUCUGGCAUCCAAAACCAUGAGGUGAGGGUGACCCAAAUCCAACAGGGACACCUCCUGCAGGGGAGCUACAGUCUUCAGUCCAAGGUUCAGCUGAUGUCUACUAAUGUGGCAACGCUGGAAUGAACCAUCUUGAAAGCAACUCCUGUGACCUGCAGUGACAUCAGCCGGGCCAUGAACAUGCAGCAGAGCUUGCAGUGAGUGACACACAAAGCCCAGUGUAUACUGAAGACCAGCUGAGACAUCCAGCGUCAUGGACUGAACUGAGCAACUACUGGAUUCUUGGACUUUCUGUUCACUGCCAUCCACCAUUGGAAUAGCUGGACAGCAGCCUCGUCAGGGCCCCGCCCCCGAGGAGGCCCCGCCCCCGAGGAAACGGAUGUGGGCUUCCGGAAGCCGGAAGCGGGCGAGCCCUGUGGACCCGGAGUCGCUGGGAGCUGAGGCUGCUAAGAGGCGGGCGGAGCCGGCGAUGGCGGAGAAGUUUGACCAUCUGGAGGAGCACCUGGAGAAGUUCGUGGAGAACAUUCGGCAGCUCGGCAUCAUCGUCAGCGACUUCCAGCCCAGCAGCCAGGCGGGGCUGAGCCAGAAGCUAAACUUUAUUGUUACGGGCUUACAGGACAUAGAUAAAUGCAGACAGCAGCUGCACGAUAUCACGGUGCCUCUGGAGGUUUUUGAAUACAUUGAUCAAGGUCGGAAUCCCCAGCUCUACACCAAAGAAUGCCUGGAGAGGGCUCUAGCUAAAAACGAGCAAGUCAAAGGCAAGAUCGACACAAUGAAGAAAUUUAAAAGCCUCCUGAUUCAGGAACUUUCUAAAGUGUUUCCAGAAGACAUGGCCAAGUAUCGGAGCAUUCGGGGGGAAGAUCACCCACCGUCCUAAGUGAAGAUCCCCAUACCCUUGUAAUAAACCAGACUGAACCAGUGGGAAGCUGUGCCUGCCACUGCUGCCUUCCAGCCACGUGAACUGGCCUGACCCCUACCUGGGCUGGGGGAGCAGAGCUGUGCCCCAGCUGUCCCUGCAGCUCUUAGACCCUUGGUGACCCCUUCUUUCUCUAGGGGAACAGGCAGGAAGACAACCGUGCUGAAAUGUGAAAUGUGAUGGGGCUCCUACUUGACAUUUCCUUUUUAUGUAUGCUGUUCUGUUACACUAUCCAUAAGAGAAAACUCGGUUUUAUAGUUACAUUUUCAGAUGUUGUGUAUAAGAACAUAACUCUUUACAUGGGUUUCAACUAGACAUAAUAAAGUCCAAAGUUUUACACUGCUCA